ACCCUCCUGAACGGACAAAACCCUCAAUGGCACCCUGCACCGAUCUCUCUUCUUCUUCCUCCACCACCACAACCACCGUAUCAACAACUCAAUCAAAACAUUCCUCCACUAUACAAUUACAACCCCCCUCUUGCAAGAAUAAUAAUAUUAACAACAAGAGACCACAUGAUCCAGAACAUGCAAGCGAUCACAAACAUCCAGUGUACCGUGGAGUCCGACAGCGGAGAUGGGGCAAAUGGGUAUCCGAGAUUCGACAACCUCGUCAGAAAACGCGUAUUUGGUUAGGUAGUUUUCCAACAGCUGAGAUGGCUGCUAGAGCUCAUGACGUUGCGGCUUUAUCUAUUAAAGGUAACUCUGCUGUUCUUAACUUCCCACAACUUAAAGACACUUUACCUCGUCCUGCUUCUCAUUCUCCACGUGAUGUUCAAGAAGCUGCUGCAAAAGCAGCCACCAUGGCCAUGCAUGAGUUGUCAACAAAUGAUCAGUCUGUUCAUGUGUUGUCUGGUGAUAAUAUUUCUAUUUCUAAUAUGGUUGAUGAGUUGGGGGAGAUCAUUGAGCUGCCUAGUUUGGAUGGGUGGUUUGAGUCGUCGUUAUUCACGGACGUUAUGGUGGAGACGGUCAUGGUGGAUGGGUGGAUGUAUCCGUCGUGGGUGGUGGCUGACGGUGAUGAUAUCAUUAGACCAGAUGACGUUAAUAUGAAAGAAUCCCUAUUAUGAAACGUAAGAUCUUAUUUUUAUAAAUAAGAUUAUGUUGUUUUUAAACCCUAAGUGUGCAAAUAGACAAUAGACAGCCUUGUGUGAACAGUGUGAACCUAUUAUAUAUGCUUGUUGACAAAUACGGUUAUAUUGUUUGAUUAUGUUCGAGAAAUAAGAAUUUGGAUUCUUCA